AUGUCUGCCACUUUAGUUAUUAACGGUAAGGCCCCAGUGGUUGCCUACGCCGACUUGAUUGCUGCUCGUAUUGCAAACAAUACCAAGCCAGAAUCUGUCAAGAUUGAAUUCGUCGACGACAAGAAGGCUGCUCCAUCCACUUUCAAUGGAUCCACCGAAAACACUUUCCAAGCUAUUGUUGAUGCUUUCCCACAAGUAUUCACUGAUUCCAACAAGGAAGAAGUUGCCAAAUGGAUUAAGAUUGCCAAUGAAGAAUUGGUUAUCAAGAAUUUCCAAAAGCUAUCCCAAUCUUUGGAACACCUUGAUGCUCAAUUGAACUUGAGAACUUUCAUCUUAGGUGGUCUACGUUACUCCGCUGCUGAUGUUGCUUGUUGGGGUGCUUUGAGAUCUAACGGUAUGGUUGGUUCCAUUAUCAAGAACAAAGUCGAUGUCAACGUGUCUCGUUGGUAUACUCUAUUCGAGUUAGAUCCUUUAUUCCAUGAGGCUCAUGAAUCUCUAACCAAAUCUCUACAAGAACUGAAGAAGGCUGCUACUUCUGGUAAGAAGAAGGAAGUUCACAAGGCUAACUUUGAAAUCGACUUGCCAGAUGCCAAGAUGGGUGAAGUUGUAACUCGUUUCCCACCUGAACCAUCUGGGUAUCUACAUAUUGGUCAUGCCAAGGCUGCUUUAUUGAACCAAUACUUCGCUCAAGAAUACAAAGGUAAAUUGAUUAUCAGAUUCGAUGAUACUAACCCAUCUAAAGAAAAGGAAGAAUUCCAAGACUCUAUUCUUGAAGAUCUUUCUUUGUUAGGUAUCAAGGGUGAUAGAAUCACAUACUCCUCUGAUUACUUCCAAGAAAUGUACGACAUGUGUGUUGCUAUGAUUAAGGAAGGUAAAGCUUAUUGUGACGAUACUCCAACAGAAAAAAUGAGAGAAGAACGUAUGGAUGGUAUUGCCUCCGCUAGAAGAGAACGUUCUGUCGAAGAAAAUUUGAAAAUUUUUACUGAAGAAAUGAAGAAUGGUACUGAAGAAGGUCUAAAGAACUGUGUUCGUGCCAAGAUCGAUUACGCUGCCUUGAACAAGACUCUAAGAGACCCUGUUAUCUACAGAUGUAACUUGACCCCACAUCAUAGAACUGGUUCCACCUGGAAGAUCUACCCGACCUAUGAUUUCUGUGUCCCAAUUGUCGAUUCCAUCGAAGGUGUCACUCAUGCUCUACGUACCAUCGAAUACAGAGACCGUAAUGCUCAAUACGAUUGGAUGUUGGAAAACCUACAUCUGAGAAAGGUACACAUCUGGGAUUUCGCUCGUGUUAACUUUGUUAGAACUUUACUAUCUAAGAGAAAGUUGCAAUGGAUGGUUGACAAGGAUUUAGUCUCUAACUGGGAUGAUCCAAGAUUCCCAACUGUAAGAGGUGUUAGAAGAAGAGGUAUGACCGUUGAGGGUCUUAGAAACUUCGUCUUGUCUCAAGGUCCAUCUAGAAACGUCAUUAACUUGGAAUGGAACUUGAUCUGGGCUUUCAACAAGAAGGUUAUUGACCCAGUUGCUGCUAGACACACUGCUAUUGUUGAACCUGUUAAACUUCACAUCGAAGGUGCUGAUGCUCCAGAAACCCCAAAGGUUGAAAUGAAACCAAAGCACAAGAAAAACCCAGCUGUUGGUGAAAAGAAGGUCAUCUACUACAAGGAUGUUGUCAUUGACAAGGCUGAUGCUGAAUCUCUAGACGAUAACGAGGAAGUUACCCUAAUGGACUGGGGUAAUGUUAUUAUCACCAAGAAGAAUGUUGACGGUUCCUUAGAAGGUAAACUACAUUUGGAAGGUGAUUUCAAGAAGACUAAGCAUAAGUUGACUUGGUUGGCUGACACCACUGACGUUGUUCCAGUUGACUUAGUCGAUUUUGACCAUUUAAUCUCUAAGGACAAAUUGGAGGAAGAUGAAAGUUUCGAAGAUUUCCUAACUCCAGUAACUGAAUUCCAUACUGACGCCAUUGCUGACUUGAACGUCAAGGACAUGAAGGUUGGUGAAAUCAUUCAAUUCGAGAGAAAGGGUUACUACAGACUUGAUGCUUUACCAAAGGAUGGUAAGCCAUACACUUUCUUCACUAUCCCAGAUGGUAAAGCAGUUAACAAGUAUGGUGCUAAGAAAUAA